GUGAUCUGUGAACACACAUGGAACAUUUCAGCGCAGUCAGUCCCAACGAUGGUCAAAGUUGGGUAAAUGUGUGAGAGCUGAUGCAAGGACUUCAAAAUGAAUCAGAUGGAGUUGCUGUAUCAAAUAACCGUAUUCGGUAUGGCGGUAUAAGGAAUAAAAGAAAAGCACAUCGAAACUUGGCUGAUCGCUAUCUGAUUAACGGGACGGGACGUCUCCAAGUUCGUUAAGCAAAACCUUUCCACCAUCGAGACAGUUUCUGAUAGCUCAAUGUAUAGUUUACGUGACGCACGGGGUGCACAAGACAAGGCUGUAUUCGUACAGGUGCGAUUUUGUAGCCUACACUAGUCAAGCUACUCUUCUUGGGUUGUUGAAACUCACGAAACUCCGAGACUGGAAGUUACAUGGAAUAAAGUGACAGCCAAAAUGAGCAUUUACUCUCAUAUCUGGAGGUUUUUACAGAUAUUCCUAGCGACGAUUGUCACAGUUGUCACCCAAGAGUUGGACAGUCAGGAGAUGUCAGACAACACCAAGAGCUCUCUGCCCUUCCCUGUGUUCCUUCCAGUCAACUACCAGGUGCGAGAUGCAGACUGCUUCUUCCUGAAGGAGACCGGUCAGGACAUCAUGAGAAACUCCAGCCUGCAGACACAGACACAGCCAUUUGUCAUCCUGAGAGCCAGCCGGCCGCCUAUUGUCAACGCCAGCUAUGGGCCCCUUUCCAAAGAGCAGCCUGUCCCUCUAGACCUGAUCCAGUCUGUGCAGCUGUUCCGGGCCCCGGGGAUAUUCACCUAUAACUGGAAGGUCCAGUUCUUUGUGCUGACCCCCCGGGUCUACUCCUCCAUGCCCAAGGUGCAGGUGUUGUUCUAUGUGGCUGGGAGGGACUGGGACAGAGGAGCAGAGGGGUUAAAUGAUGAGUUGCCCUGUGUGAUGUUGUUUGCCUUCUGGCAGACCCAGGAGGUAAGGGGCUCCUGUGCCCUUGGAGGUCAGAGGGGCACCUGCAUGGCUGAGCUGGAGCCUGUAGCCAGCUGGUUUAGUCCCGCAGCAGAGAGCUCUAGCCGGGAGAGGCUGUACCUAACAGAGGGCAACACAGUAGAGUUGUACUACCAGGCCCGGCCCAGUGCCUAUGGGAAGUGCAGGGAGUGGGAUGGGGGCCGCUGGGGUAGCUCAGGGCAGCAGCAGCAGGCUGAGUACGUCCCUGUUACUCCAAUGCAGAGAAUCUGCAGUGUACGCCUCCUUCAGGUGCCCAAGGGAGCUGCAGCUGUGUCUCAACUCAAGCUGGGAAAGGCCGUUGUCAUUCAGACCUCCUCCAAACCCCUGAAGAAAGAUAUCGCCACUUUCAACAUCCUCACGGCCAGCUCCUCCCUGGAGAACUUCACUCUGCGGCUGGACAGCAGUCUACUGGAGGUCCUACAGAUGGACUUUGAGGUGGAGGAGCAGAGCAGCCAAUCAGACAGCCAGGUCAUCACAUGGCGCCUGGAGUUGCCCGCAGACACCAGGGAUGGGGGGAAGGAGGGUUCCAUGGAGAUCUACACCACCCAGAGAGACUUUGUGGGCCUGGCCACACUCGUCAUGGACACAGAGAUCCUGAACACGGCGGUGCUGACUGGGAAGAAGGUGGUGUUGCCUGUCAGGACUGUGGCUGUGGAGGAGGACGGGUCAGUCACUGACGUCUCAGACUUCACCAACUGCAGCUCCACUGAUGAGGACAUCCUGAAGGUGUCAGACAGGUGUGACUAUGUGUUUGUGAAUGGGAAGGAGAUGAAGGGCAAGGUGAGGAUGAUGGUGAACUUCACCUACAGCUACCUGAGUGCCCAGCUGGAGAUGAAUGUGUGGGUCCCACGGCUGCCCCUCCAGAUCGAGGUGUCUGACACAGAGCUCAGCCAAAUCAAGGGAUGGAGGGUGCCCAUCAUGACCAGCAAGAGGCUCAGCUGGAACAGUGAUGAGGAGGAGGAUAAGAAGGGUAAAGGCUGCAUGUUGCAGUUCCAGCAUGCCCUUGUGCGUGUGAUCACACACUUCAUAGCCGAGCAGUCGGACCCCCGGGAGCCCCAGGUCUACUUUCUGGGCUCAGACUGGCAGGUGGACGUCACCAGGCUUGUGCGCCAUUUCCUCAAGGUGGAGGACCCCCGCAUCGCCAGACUGCAGGCAGGCAGGGUGCUGUCAGGACAAGACAUGGGGACCACCUCCAUCCAGGUGUUCUCCCCCCUCUCAGACUCCAUCUUGGCAGAGAAGACCGUGACGGUAGUGAAUGACAAAGUCACCAUCACAGAGCUGGGGGUGCAACUGGUCACCGGCCUGGCUCUGUCCCUGCAGCUCAGCCCAGGAAGCAACAGGGCCAUCCUCGCCACGGCAACCAUACAGGAAGUGCUGCAGAGCCCCAAACAGAAGGCUGUGGUUAGUUCCUGGGUCCAGUUCAGCGAUGGCUCCCUGACCCCUCUGGACAUUUAUGACCCGGCCUACUACCGCGUGACACUGACCUCUCUGGACCAGGGCGUGGUGUCAGUGCAGGGCUCCCCGCCUGCAGUUGUGGCAGAGGGCGAGGGACAGGGUGUGCUGGUCAGGGUGGAGAUGGCCAUCUGUGAGGCUUGCCAGAAGUCCAAACGGAAGAGCUCGCUGGCCGUGGGCAGCGGCAGCCUCAAGGUCAAGUUCCAGGUCAACAGCCGGCGCUUUUCCAGCAAUAGUAGCAGCAACAGUAGCAGUAGUAGUGGAGGUGGGGUUGGCAGUGGCAGUAGUAAGGACAGCAGCAGUGACUAUGGGAAUGAUGGGGAGGAGGUGGACAGUGAGAGGAAGCAACAGCAGCCACAGCAGCCCCUGCCCAGCAGCUCAGCCUCAGAGCGGGAGGAGAGCGCCAUGCGCAAGGUCACCACAACCGCCAAAUCCAGUGAGCCAGACGCCGCUCCGGGGAGCAUGUCCAGCAGUGGCAGCAGCCACGGCGGAAUGGGGAGGGCGAGUGAAUCAGGAAGUUUCUUAAAUGCUGCAACCAUCAACAGUCCUGCCAGCCCCAUCAAUGACAGUGAUGUUAGCAGCCCUAGUGACUAUGGCACAGCUGAGGGGACAGACAAUGGGCUAAUUGGAGGUAUAGGUAGUGUUGCAGUCAGUAGCACUGUGAAGACACUUGGUAACCUGAUCAACUACAAUAACUUCCCCUCUCAGGUAGAGGUGCCUGACCAGGAGCGAGUUGAGGUGGACAUGGGCAAUGAGGACAUGCUGUCUAACCGGCCUCUCUCAGACUUGGAAAUCGGCAUGUACGCUCUGCUGGGGGUCUUCUGCCUGGCCAUCCUGGUCUUCUUGGUGAACUGCAUCUCUUACGUAGUAAAGUUCAGGCACAAACAUCCCUCCUCUCAUGGCCAGGAGCCCACAGGGCACAGGCACGACUGGGUGUGGCUGGGCACUGAUGCAGAGCUGGUGAUGAAUGUGCCUGGCACUCCCCUCCAGCAAGACGACCACAGCACCACAACAGUCAUAGACAUUGGGCCUGAUAAGACUGCCUCUCUGCCCAGGCAGCCCAGCUGCCUAGCCUCCUCUAGACCCUCGUCUCCUUUGGUCUGUGGGGGCUCCCUCGGGGCCAAGCCCAUGAACCGCACUGAGUCCGUCCACUCCCCCACAAGCAAGAGGAAGAGGGUCCAGUUCACCACCUUUGCCUCUCUGGACCGUGAGCACUCCCCACACCUCCCCAGAGAGAACGGCCAUGGCAUCCACUGGGUGGGGAAGGAGGAGAACUAUGUUGAACCCCAAGUGCCCAUCACAGAACCUGUGGACCAUUUAUAAUACAUAAAGGGACCGUUUCACCCCAACUGUGGGUGUGUAUGUGGCUUUGAUUGCCUCAAUGCCUUUAUUUAUGGAUAAAAGCAGACACAACAUAAGGAGCAUCACCGCAAGUGGUUAUACUUAUUCAUUAUUUAUGGUUAGUUUUAAAUAUCUGUCAAGGCGUCUUACAUGUAAAUAUCUUAAAUGCUUUGUGAGAGAGACACUUUUUGUAUUAGAUAUUAGAGGAAACACUGUGAAUACGUGUGAGGAUGCUUCUCAUCAACCGACUAAUGGCACUUUGUGUGGUGGACAGGAUAAAACGUUUGACUCAGGCCAGUUGAAAUAUCAUUUUUCUAAACAAAAAAACAGAGGGUCUUGUUGCAUGUGAAAAAUGUAAUUAUCUUACCUUUUACACUCACAUAAUGGUACGCCCUAAAGCAGGGAUCUUCAACUAGAUUCAGCCACCGGCCAAUUCUUUUCUUGGUAGAAUGCAAAUUGACUUCAAGAAGCCGAAACAGAUAUAUUUGACUAUAGCAUAAUCAUUUCAAACCUUGCUUACAUUUGUACACAAUCACAUUAACUACAUGACCACUCGUCGAACAUCUCAUUCUAAAAUCAUGGGAAUCAAUAUGGAGUUGGUCCCCUUUUGCUGCUAUAACAACCUCCACUCUUCUGGGAAGGCUUUCCACUUGAUGUUGGAACAUUGCUGUGGGGUCUUGCUUCCAUUCAGCCACAACAACAUUAGUGAGGUCAGGCACUGAUGUUGGGCAAUUACGCAUGGCUCGCAGUCGGCGUUCCAAUUCAUUAUCAUGCUGAAACAGGAAAGGGCCUUCCCCAAACGGUUGCCACAAAGUUGGAAGAAGCACAGAAUUGUCUAUAAUGUCAUUGUAUGCUGUAGUGUUAAGAUUUACCUUCAUUGGAACUAAGGGGCCUAGCCCGAAUCAUGAAAAACAGCCCCAGACCACCUCUAUCAAACUUUAUAGUUGGCACUAUGCAUUGGGACCGGUAGCGUUCUCCUGGCAUCCGCCAAACCCAGAUUCGUCCAUCAGACUGCCAGAUGGUGAAGCUUGAUUCAUCACUCCAGAGAAAGUGUUUUCACUACUCCAGAGUCCAAUGGCGGCGGGCUUUACACCACUCCAGCUUGGCAUUGUACAUGGUGAUCUUAGGCUUGUGUGCAGCUGCUCGGUCAUGGAAACCCAUUUCAUGAAGAUCCCAACAAACAGUUUGUGUGCUGACGUUGCUUCCGGAGGCAGUUUGGAACUUGGUAGUGAGUGUUUCAACUGAGGACAGACCAUUUUUAUUCGCUUCAGCAAUCGGCGGGCCCAUUCUGUUAGCUUGUGUGGCCUACCACUUCGCAGCUGAGUUAUUCCUGCUCCUAGACGUUUCCACUUCACAAUAACUGCACUUACCGUUGACCACGGCAACUCUAGCAGGGCAGAAAAAAGAUGAACUGACUUGUUGGAAAGGUGGCAUCCUAUGACGGUGCCACUUUGAAAUUCACUGAGCUCUUCAGUAAGGCCAUUCUACUGCCAUUGUUAAUUGCAUGGCUGUGUGCUCGAUUUUAUGCACUUGUCAGCAAUGGGUGUGGCUGAAAUAGCCAAAUCCACUAAUUUUAAGGGGUGUCCACAUACCUUUGUGUAUAUAUAUAUAGUGUCAAUCUAUAAUGCGUGGGAGUACUUUGGAAGUAAAAAUCACCUGCUGGCCGCCAGUAAACAAACAUAACAUCGCUGUCUGAUGAAAACCUCAUAACUCAAUUUGACAUGUAUUGAAAGCAGUACUCCCUUCAAUGUAUUCUGAAAAUACUCUAGGAACAAUAAAAUGUAUUCAAAACAGCCUCUAUCAUUUCAUAACUGUACGUUUGUUAAUGGGACAAUAUUACUUUUUUCAAUAUCCUGAAACAUUUCUGUUGGAUAUGAGAGAUUCAUCCGACAGCGAAGCAACCCAACAAGGAAUUUUUGUAUAUGCACUGUUUGUCUUUAUAUUGUGUACAUUUGUUUGAUUUGAUUUUUGAUAAUGUCGGAUAUGAUUUUUCAUUAAACAUACAGUACCAGGACUCA